AGCAGGUAACUGAGGAGCAUCUUUCUGUUCGCCCCGGGCUAUUUCAACGGUAGACGCGACGAUGAGCGAAUCUGCAGAGACCAAAGUUCCGCGGGCAAACCCUGGGUCGGCCGGGCGUAGCGUUCCAGGGGAGAAAUCGCCCGUCCCGUCCGCACGUGUAGCGGAGGAGUUUCCCACCGAGCGCGAGGCUGCUCACAACACGAAAAGCAGACGACGUACGCACCAUGAUCUUGGACCGAAAUGGCACAAGGAUUACUCCGAGAUUGACCAGCACUGUGGGCGUGUCUUGCUCAUCGACUUCGUGAAGCAGGAUGCCUCGAAAAGCAGUAUACGCAGAGUGGCCGCGCAGGAGAUAUACGAUAUCCAAGACCUGCGUAAAGUCUACAAGAACCCAGAGAGAAACAACGAGGCCAUCCUCCGAGUCUUCCAUGUCCAGAAUGCGGAUUGGGCGGCAAGAUAUCUGCUGCGGAAAUUCAAUAUCCACAACCGGGAUGACCUGGUAGGCACCGACUUUGGCCGGUAUGUCAAACAUCGGCGGCCAGAGCGACGUGGUGGGAAGCCAUUUAUGAGCGGGAAGACGUGGAAAGUUCAGUAUGAUCCGUGGCGGGGAAUCAGUAAAACCUCCUUCUCGGCAGAUUAUCUGAAGCCGUAUGCUGUCCCGGAUCCGAUGAACCGCUGCGAUGACGAUGGGUUUAAAAUGAUGGAGUUGAAUCGUUUUGACGAUCAAGACAAUCCAACUCAUGGCUACGAUGUCUACGUUCAGCGGAUUAGCUGUUAUAUCCAGCAUAAACAGGUCACCGCCGAACCACCACCCUCCGACAUGGACAUAACGAAUCCCUAUCUAUCCGACGCGCAGAUCGAUGGUGCCUUUGGCGAUACUCCGAAGGAAUAUAUUCCGCGAUUGAACACCCUCGAUAAUGGAAACACCGUUAUCAUAUUUGACAAUUCUCACUCAGGCACACUCGACAACACUCUAAUUCCUCCUCGUCAGACAUGGGAGGCUCGAUGGCGCCGGCUGCCAUUCUUCUUGGCUUUUGAAUCUCGUGAUUUGGUUGCUACUGAUGAUGAACUGGCUUAUCACUGUACGCGAAUUAUCCUUGAAGACAUAUUCAAAGUGAUAUCAGGCACAUGGGAUACGCUAUUGGACCUCGCGUACGACCAUGUGAGUAUCUUGGAGGAUAAAAUAUACGAGCAGCCCGCAGACGAGACUCGAGCGCCUGAGCUAUGGGCCAAUUCAAAUCUAUGGUUGAAAAUGGAGAAGUUGAUGUUUCUACAUAUCGAUAUUAUCAAGGAGCUGAAGACGCGGCUGCGGGAUCUCACCGACGACAUGGAGAGAGAUGAUACCUGGCUAGAUGGUACACCGGGGGAUUUUGAUCGGCUGAGCAACCUUAUCACUGAGGAUUUGAUCAAACCUACUAAGAACUUGAUAUCCCUGCUCUAUCAAUCUGUCUCUAUUCGAGACAGUAGACAGAACAUUCGACUUAGCGUUAGCAUGUGGCGUUUGAGUUGGAUUACAUUCAUAUUUUUGCCCUUGACUUUUAUCACUGGUAUCUUCGGCAUGAAUGUCGACACCUUCAGCGAUGAUCCCAGUAUCAAAUGGUACUUCAUAGCAUGCGUGCCGUUUAUGCUUGGUGUUCUCAUCGUAUGGUAUUUUUGGAAACACACACUCACCUCCCAGCGGAACACCCCAUACCGCCGCGGAAUAUACGAAAACUUUUUCAACGAGUUGGCAAAUGCCAGUCCGGACCUAUGGUCCCAAACUGGGCCGCGCAAUUACAUUGUGCCCAAGGGACGUCUCGCGAAGAUCAAAUGGUUCUUCAUAAAGCGUUGGAGUGCCCCCGAAAAGACCAUCAAAGCCGGAAGUUCUUCCUCCCCGCAAGACGAGCUUGGGGUCAUGGCAAGGCUGAAAAGACGCCUUAUCUGGCGCUGGACCUCACAAAUUGCUCGAGCUGAGAGUGCUGAUCAAGAGGCCCUGAGGCUCGAAAGCGGCGAGGCAGGCGCGGAUGAUCCCGCUAGUGAUACAUACUCGAUUGUCGCCGAUGGACUGGCAAAUGCCACCGAACUAGCAGUUGUGCCCGCCGCUCCAGCAAUUGAAACUGUCUUUGAAGAAGAUCGUAAACAGCUGGCAGUACCAACCACGGAUGAACGUCCCAGUGGAGAACGUCGACGGCUGGGCCCGUUAUCGUUCCGAAGCCAUAGCCGAGGAUCUAGCACUGGUAAAAAUAGUAGAAUUUUGAUAGAAGAGGAAGAUUGGCAAUGGUUGAGUCAGUUGGGAAGUGAAGGAAAGGAGUGGGCGCUGCGGUCAGCAAGUUCGAGGGAGAGAAGUGCGCAAAGAAGAGCCACGGAAGAGGAGGGCAGGAAGUCAAAAGAUACCGAAGAUCACACGAGCGCUACAAAAUCUGAUAACCCAGAAGCAGAAAACCGGCUAGACAGGCGACAAAGGUCAAGAAAUCGCCUCGACAUACCUCGAGUGGUCCAUCCAGAUGAAGACGAACCCCAGUGAUAUGAAGACUUCGUUGUUGCCCCUGGGCCAUUCUACGAACCCGGUAUUCAGGCGCUUCAACGGUACAGUUGAAUCCAUGUCCAAUCUCGAGUCGGAGCCCAUCUCCUUUCUUUGCAGUCCUCAAUUUUGAUUUCCAACAAAGGCAUGUUUGUGCCCAAGAGCAAUGACUCUUUCUCCCACCACAUUUUAUCUUUCACACUUUGAAUUUAUGUGCCAUGUAAUUCCCCACGCUUCCUCUGAAAGCAUCUACGACAUUAUAUGCAUGCUAAAUGAACCAUUUAUAUUUUGCGUUUGACAUUGAGCAAUUCUACAGUCUUUCACUUCCCUGGAUCAGUUUGGACAAUGGAUCGUAUGUUCUAAGGACCCCCAUUCGUGGCGUUUGUGAGAUUCCUUUGUUCUUCUUAUAUACUCCAUUGCACAUCAGGUUAACCCACAGGGUCUCAUUUACUGUUUACGACUUUCUUAUGGAAAUCAUCUUUCUAAUUCUUGGUUACUGUACAAAUGCUUUUGAGAGGCGCUUUCUUUUCCCUCUCUUUCACUUCAUGCUCCCUUGACUCUGAUCGACUCGCAAUGGCUUUUAAUAAAAGUUUUCUGUUUUCGUUCGCGACUCAAGCUUUGUUAAAGAUACAAUGGCACAGACUCAGAAUAGAACGCCUUGAUCCUAGUUUGGGGCUUUGGAUCACGGUGUUGAGUGUAUCUAUUGUCUAUCACUAACUUUCUUUCUCAACAAACCCUUUCCAACAUCAAAG